AUGGGUGUAAGUAAAUUAGAUGUCUUGUACAGAAAGCUUCUCCUCACUAAACUUUUCAUCAGAGGAUGGGGAAAGCCAGAGGAUCUGAAAAGAAUAUUUGAAUUCAGAAAGAUUAUUGGAAACAGGGAAAAAUGCCAGACGCUGGUUUCGAAAGAUUACCCAGUGUUCAUUGACAAGGUUGAAGAGCAAUCAGACUGUAAAAUCCUCGAGGGGCACUUCAUUUCCCCAUUGGCUCAUUAUGUGCCAGGUAUACUGCCAGUCGAAUCUCUUGUAGCAAGAUUUCAGUUCAUCAUACCCAGAAGAUGGAAUAGCAAGCACAGACCUGUGUGCAUUCAUUUAGCAGGCACUGGAGAUCAUCACUUCUGGAGGAGACGCACGUUGAUGGCACGUCCAAUGAUUAAAGAAGCCUGUAUGGCUUCCCUGUUGCUAGAAAAUCCUUAUUAUGGCUGUAGAAAACCUAAGGAUCAAUUACGGUCAUGUUUAAAAAAUGUCUCGGACCUGUUUGUGAUGGGAGGAGCUCUUGUUCUAGAAUCGGCAGCUCUUUUGCACUGGCUAGAGAGAGAAGGCUAUGGACCGCUAGGGAUGACUGGAAUAUCCAUGGGAGGACAUAUGGCUUCACUGGCAGUGACAAACUGGCCUAAACCAUUGCCAUUGAUUCCGUGUCUUUCCUGGUCAACAGCUUCUGCAGUCUUCACUACGGGUGUGUUGAGCAAGGCAGUGAACUGGAGAGAGCUAGAGAAACAGUAUUUUACGCAAACUGUUUACGAAGAGGAAAUCAUUCAAAUGCUUGAAUACUGUGGAACAGAUUCUUUCAAGAUGGGACAAGACUUUGUUAAAAACUUCCCUGAGAGCGUGGACAGUCUGGAGGAUGUGGACGUGACUUCCAGAAUGUUUGACCUUGACUCCUCAGACAAGACGGUAUCUAAAGAAGCUAUUCACAGCUUUACCACAAAUAAAAGUACUCUAAGUGCCUCAUCAGAAAGACUCUUAAUACAAGAUGCUCCUAAAAUGCAGUGCAUAAAUCAAACAUUUUCAACCAGUAGCAAUAGCAAUAAAAACUUAACCAACCCACAAGGACACAGGAUAAAUAAAAGAAGGAAGAGUGACACUUUACAGAGAGAAUCCUUAAGGUUCAUGAAAGGAGUAAUGGAUGAAUGUACCCAUGUAGCUAACUUCUCAGUUCCAGUUGACCCAAGUUUAAUCAUAGUUGUACAAGCUAAGGAAGAUGCAUAUAUUCCUCGAACUGGGGUGCGCAGUCUUCAAGAAAUCUGGCCUGGAUGUGAAAUUAGGUAUCUGGAUGGAGGUCACGUCAGUGCCUACCUCUUCAAACAAGGGCUCUUCAGACAAGCGAUUUAUGAUGCAUUUGACCGCUUUCUUCAGAAAUAUGCAGUUUAAAAAUCUUCAUAACGUAUUCAAACUGAUCGCAUUUGUACUUCCACUUACUGGAACUCAUAUUUGGAAAACAAGCCUCUUGCAACGUUGAGUAGAGAUGGUCACUGACUUUGACUGUUGUAGAUAAGUUAUCAAAAAUGGUAAAGUACCAGCAUUACUUUCAUUUCAACCAAAUGCCAUUCUGACACACUCGCUUCAGCUUUACCUGUGAAAAAACGACGGCAGCAUUUGUUAGUGCAUGAAUGGUUCAUGUACUUCACGUUUAAUCACGUUGUGUAUUCCUUUAAUUCCGAAUAAAUUCUGAAUUGUCUGUCAGUUGAAAACAGACCGAUCCAAGUGUUGAAAGAAUGUAAAAUUUGCUGUUGGGCU